AACAAGGAGAGCAAAAUGACAAAACCCCCCCCAAUGUCGCCGCCCGACCUUCCAUGCAAGGUCCGCCUCUUACUCUCCCUCCUCACCAUCGUCAUCAACACCGUCCGCGGCUCCAACGGCACCAUCAACCGCCGUCUCAUGAGCCUAUUCGACCUCAAAGCCUCUCCGUCAAGCAAACCCAACAACCGCGUCAAAACCUCUGACGUGAUGGUGGACCCCACUCGCAACCUCUGGUUUCGCCUCUACGUUCCUGCCGCCGCCAUCACCACCACCACGACCAGCCCUUCCGCCAAGCUCCCUCUCAUAAUCUACUUUCACGGCGGUGGCUUUGCAUUCUUUUCCGCCAACUCAAAACCCUACGAUGACCUUUGCAAACGACUCUCCGCAGAGCUCCCCGCCGUGGUCGUCUCCGUCAACUACCGCCUCACUCCGGAGCAUAUUUAUCCCUCCCAAUACGAGGACGGCUUCGACGUGCUGAAAUUCAUCGACCAAACAACAAUUGACGGGUUUGAUCUCAACAACGUUGACAUCACCCGGUGUUUCCUCGCCGGAGACAGCGCCGGUGGCAACCUGGCCCACCACGUGGCUGUCAAGGCGAGCAAUCAUCAUGAGUUUGGCAAGAUGAGGGUUGUAGGACUUAUAGCGAUACAGCCCUUUUUUGGUGGGAAAGAAAGGACUGAAUCGGAGACAAGGCUUUCGAAGGGUUCGGCGCUUUCUUUGGAGCAGACUGACUGGUACUGGAAGACAUUUUUGCCAGAGGGGUCGGAUAGAGACCACGCGGCGGCGAAUGUGUUUGGGCAGGAAUCGAAGGAUGUUUUUGGGGUGAAUUUUCCGGCGACGAUUGUUUUCGUGGGAGGUUUUGAUCUGUUGCAAGACUGGCAAAGGAGAUACUACGAGGGGUUGAAGAAGUCUGGGAAAGAAGCUUACUUGAUUGAGUACCCGAAUUCGUUUCAUGGAUUUUACGCUUUUCCUGAGCUCAAGGAGCCUUCUUUUUUGGUUAAGGAGGUGAGGGAUUUCAUUGACAAGCUCUGCUAUGCUCCCUCCGUAUUGUUUCAUAGCAAUGAUAAGACGUACGAAGAGCAACACCACCACGACGGGCCCACCUCAUGGUUUCGUGGUGCAAACCUCGAUGCAACUGCAUGGAACCGUGGCUGCCAACAACUUGCAGCGCCUCCUAGCGCUGUGCAGCCACCUCCAGUUGCUGGAGUUGUAGAACAGCCACUGCAGACAGCUGUUGCAAUUGCAGAACAGCCGCCACAUGGCCUUGUGAUCUCCACAGCCUUGACACACCACGCGACGGCUACCAGAGCUGCUCUGCCGCAUCAUCCUGUCGGAGUUGCUUUGUUGCGCCAUUCUGUCGUGGGAACACAUCAACAGCUGCACCACUCAACUGUUGGAUUUACUGCACAGUCUCACGACUACUCCGACGUCGUCCCAAUCUUGGAGUAG